UCCUCUCUCCUAGAUGGCUUGGCGCCUCGGCAAGAGCUCCGCGCUCCAUGCCGCCGCCGGGCCGUCGAGCGACACAACGCAGCAGCCGCCGCUGCCCUUCGUGACUCGCGACUACUACCUCGAGCACCCUGCCGUCGCAGCGCUGACGGAGCAGCAGGUGGAGGCCGAGCGGAAGCGGCUCGGCGUCGUCGUCCACGGCGAGGACGUGCCGAAGCCGGUCGGCAGCUUUGUGCAGGCGUCGCUGCCUGAGCACGUGCUCGGCACGCUGCGCGCCGCCGGCUACGACUCGCCCACGCCUAUCCAGCGCCAGGCCUGGCCGAUCGCCAUGAGCGGGCGGGAUGUGGUCGGCCUGGCGGAGACGGGCUCCGGCAAGACGCUCGCCUACCUCCUCCCCGCCCUCGUGCACGCAAGCGCACAGCCGCCGCUCAAGGAGGGGGAGGGCCCGCUCUGCCUCGUUCUCGCCCCGACACGCGAGCUCGCCUGCCAGAUCGAGAGCGAGGCCGCCCGCUUCGGCGCUCCGUGCGGCGUCCGCACCGCCGCAGUCUACGGCGGCGUGCCGAAGGCGGAGCAGGUGGCGCUGCUGCGCAAGGCGCCGGAGCUCCUCGUGGCCACGCCAGGCCGGCUGAAUGAGCUGCUCUCCAAGAAGAAGACGGAGCUGACUCGCUGCGCCUUGCUAGCGCUCGACGAGGCGGAUCGGACGCUCGACCUCGGCUUCGAGCCUCAGAUCUCUGCGAUCCUGGGCCACAUGCGGCACGACAGGCAGAGCUUGCUCUUCUCCGCGACGUGGCCGGCCGAGGUGCAGACGCUGGCGGGGCGGCUCAUCGCGCCGUCGCACGUCAUCGUGGAGGUCGGUGGAGCACUCGCCACCUCCGGCCGCGCCACUCUGUCCGUCGAGCAGCUGUUGGCAGUGGGCAUUUCUGAUGAAUUGCGGCUGUCAAUAGGCCGCGCCGCCCUGCCCAUCGACCAUCCGUCGACACGCCGCGCCAACACCUCCAUCGAGCAGCGCGUGCUGCUCUGCGACGACGCGGGCAAGAUGGAGGCGCUGCUGACGCUGCUCGAGGAGGUUGUGGAUGGCUCGCGCCUGCUGCUCUUCACGUCGUCCAAGCGGCGCUGCGACGAGCUGACCAAGGAGCUGAGGCUCGACGGGUGGCCGGCUCUCGCGCUGCACGGCGACAAGCCGCAGGAGGAGCGCGACUGGGUGCUGCAGCAGUUCCGCUCGGCGGAGCACCCGCUGCUCGUUGCGACGGAUGUGGCGCAGCGCGGCCUCGACGUCAAAGGCGUCGCCGCGGUGAUCAACGUCGACUGCCCGGAGACGUCCGAGGCGUACGUCCACCGCAUCGGACGCACCGGCCGCGCCGGCGAGGUCGGCCGCGCCUACACGCUGGUCACGCCGGCCGACGCGCGCAUGUGCGACGACUUGGUGCAGGUGCUGCGCGACGCAAAGCAGGAGGUGCCGCCGGAGCUGCUGCGGCUCGCGGCGGAGGGGCGGGCGGCGAGGUACAAGCGGUACAAGUACAGCUGAUGCACACAGAGGAUGCAACGCCGAUCUGAGACUGAAAAAAACGCGCGUUGCAAGUCUGACUAGUCAAUCAAUGUAUGUCUGUCCGUUCUCGAUUGUCAGUGCGUGUGAUUUUCGGCUUGGGCCUCUUAACUUUCUCUUCCUGCCCCGCGGGGGGAGAGAAAUCUCUGCACUCCUGGCGGCAGGAAGUACAGCU